AUGGCUCCGAUCGCACAGGGUCCUGACACCGACGCUCCGGCGCCGGGAAAUCAGUUUGCUCAAUUCGCCGCCGGUUGUUUCCCGAGCGUUGAAUUAGUUUACCAUAGGGUUCCGGGAGUGACUCAUACAGAGGUCGGAUAUGAACAUCGAAUCACGUAGAGGAACCCUUCUUACGAGGAUGCAUGUUCGGGAACAUCGAAUCACGUAGAGGUUGUUCGUAAUCAGUAUGAUCCUAAAGAGUGUAGGUUCGAGUCGCUUCUUGAGUUGUUCUGGUGGUCUAGGCAUGAUCCCACUACCUUGAAUCGUCAAGGGAACAAUGUGGGAAGCCAAUACAGAUCAGGGAUAUAUUACUACAACCCGGAGCAAGAUAAACUAGCACGCGAGUCACUAGAACACAUUGGCCGUCACCAGCAUCAGGUGGAUAGGAAGAUUGUGACAGAGAUCUUACCGGCUAAGAAAUUCUACCGAGCUGAAGAAGAUAACCAGCAAUACUUGUCUAAAGGAGGGAGGUUCGGACUCAAGCAAUCCAGUGCAAAAGGUUGCAACGACCCAAUCCGCUGCUACGGGUGA